AUGGCCAACUGCAAGCCGGCAUCGACACCGGCUGACACCAGCACAAAGGCGUCCAACUCUGAAGGGAACCUAAUCUUCGACGCCUUGUGGUACCGGAGUAUGGCUGGCGCUCUCCAAUACCUCACGCUCACACGACCUGACAUAGCCUACGCCAUCCAACAGGUCUGUUUGCAUAUGCACGCCCCUCGCACUUGCCACGCCAACAUUCUGAAGCAUGUUCUUCGGUACCUCAAGGGCACCAUUGGUUUCGGUCUUCACCUGCUCGCCACGGCUACGCUGUCGUUGCUUGCCUACACCGACACCGAUUGGGCUGGCUGCCCAGACACUCACUAG